CAGCAGCGCCAUCUGUAGUUCGUUUGCUUUUGACCCCAGCUGGCAACUCUGUUUGCCAUCAGCUGGUUUCCAGACUGCCAACUUCUUUAAACUCGAAAAGGUGGCCACAUCAUCCCAUUUAUUGUUGCUUUUCACUCUAAAAACAUAAACAAAUCUUCAGACGAAUGUUUGGUUAACAUUAAACCGCCCGAAGCAAAUGCAGGAACAGGAAGAGAUGACCAGGAAGCGAGGUAGAACACGGAACAGGAGCAAACAGCGCAAUCGUCGUCGCAGUUGUCGCCAGAGAAGGGAAGGAAAGCCAUUGCAGCAGCAGCAACAGAGACCACCACAGCCAACAGCCCGGGAGCAAUGGGCAAUGGGAGCAGAGAUGUGCAUCCAGACCAGUCGCAUUCUGUUUGAGUGGCACCACAAUCAGGUCAUGAGUCUCUGCCAAGGCUUGAGGCAGCAGGAAGAAACCGAUAACUGCCAGGACUAUGUAUACGAAAGUUCCUCGGAAGAGGAAGAGAACGAGGAGGAACUGGAGCUGGAUCUGGACCCAGAGCCCAUCGACGAGGGUUAUCUGAAAUUCUUGGAGGUGACCAUUAAGCACCAGGAGGACCUACGUCGAAGGAGAGCUGACACAACCACCGAUUGUUUAGAUGAACAUGGGGAUAAGAGCUAGGAAAUCAUCAUUUUAUACGUAUUUUUGGACACAAAAAGGAGCUAUUUUUAAGUACAAUUUUUUUUGACAUGUUUUCAA